UACCAUUUUAUCAUCUGUAAUAUUUCUCGAUAUAACGACAGUGAGGCUGCUUGCAGUGGGCUUAAUGCUCCGACUCGGUCGGAGAACAAUGCUCUAAACAAACGGUCUUCGGCCCAUCUGUCACCACGCACAGCCUUUCACCAGAAGCCAGAUAGGCAGAUAGGCAGAUAAUCCAAAACCAUGAACUCUUCUACAUUUCCUCUUUUUUUGAAUCUCCCUCCCGAGCUUCGCACACAGAUAUGGCGUGACGCUUUGCCAGAAGAGGAGCAGCCUGCCUUGUACCCCUACAAAAGGGGAUGUUGGCACCCUCGAUGGCUAUCACCAUCCGAUGAGGGUUAUUGCCCAGGACCCCAUCCGGACAUAUGGAUGGAGUUUCGCCAUGACUUAUUAGACAAUAUUCAACUCGAGCUACCGCUGGUCUUCGUCAACCACGAAGCCCGCAGCAUUACCUUGGCCUGGGCCCGCCAACAAAACAUCAAUAUACGCUUCUGCGAAAGUCGACAAUGCCAUAUCUUUACACGCCCAUUUAAUCCAAACUGUGACGCACUAUAUAUUAUGCCAGAACGAUUGUACGACUUUUACUCGGAGACGUGUGAUCGAAUGGAAGAACCGGAUCUUUUUGAUCACUUCGUCACGUUCCCUUAUUCGUUUUUCUAUUAUUUCGCCGUCCAUGAGGCGCUGCUCCCGGCGGAUGACGACCCGCUAGUUGAUAUAUUUAGGGAGUUCAGUUGUCUCAAAGUGUUGUUCGUCAUCGUCAAUACACCGCCGGAGUUUACAGACCAUGAGCUGAAGGUUCAGCCGCAGUGGGGGCCUGAGAGACCUGAACAGGGAAGGGCCCUGUGCUGGGAUCCCAACCGCCAAUGCUUUGACUGGCGAGACGGCAAGUACUUUGGUGAUGAGGCAUUGUACCGGCGCAUUGAGGAGGGUAGCAAAAAGCUGAUCCCCGGGCUCGUGAGCGAAGAUAUCCGCAGUCUCGAAAUCCGGCCUGUCUGUACUGUUCGGAGAUGACUGCAUGGUUUUAUGUGAUCCUUUAUGUGUGGUUUUUUCGAUAUUUCCCAAUAUGCAUGGUCAUGAUCAGCUCAACCCUUCUAUAUUUCCUUUGUUGUUUAUCUGCUAGCCUGUUUUGUGAAUGUCAUCUGGGCAGAUACUUCGGCUUCAGCUGCGCCCAUACCUCAGCCCCCAGCCCCA